AUGCCGCCUCAUCUACAUCCGCGGUCGCGGUCAACAACCGGCCUUUUUGCCGGCACUUUACUGGCAUCCCUUUUGGUUGUCGGCAUUCCACACGUAUUCCCAUGUCCUUCCCCGCGGCGCACCUUUGCCGAUUCCGAAAUGAUUAUCACACCCGACGGUCAACAGAUUCAAAGGAUACGACGAAGGAGGCGGAAGGAUGCUGAUGACAUACCAGAAGGAAAUAUUCUUCCACAGCCGUCAUCGACAGUGGCCGACGAGGAGGUCUCGACGUUUCUACAACUGGAAGAGGAGGCUAAGCGAUUCUCCGCACCUGGAAGAGAAUGCCCAGUGCCAAAACCGACUGGGAUUAUAGGCGACUUGCUAGGCUUUUCGAACCGGACGACCACGCAGACAACCCCGGAUGAAGGCCAACAAGCGGAUGUCGGGAGGUAA